CCUGAACUUGUCUUGAUGAUACCGGUCGGCAAAGGGUUUGGAGAGUCCUCGUACAACUCGUUUUGAGGGGAAUAAAAAAAGAAUAAAAAGAUAAAUGCUCAAGACAAGCUGCUCACCGAAAGCGAUUAGCUUCCACAGCUGAGCUGAAUCAUUAGACACGUCUCGCCGGCUCGUUCACCGAAAAUCCAUCCUCCCGGCUUCAUUUCCAUUUCUAGCUACGUGUUAGCAACAUUCGUUAACUCACCAGCCAUCCCGCUUGCCGCUUGCCGCGCUGCCACUUCAAAGUCUCUUUGUUAUUCGGAGGGAAUCCGAAUUGGGUUACAAUCUCAGAACAAAGAGACCUACAUCUCACUAACAGUUCGUUCUAUGCUAAUCUGAAACAGUUGAAGAUGGGAGCCUCAGAGGAAAACAAAGGCGGCAUGGUUUGUCCCUUUUGCAACUGGGAAUCGACAACGACGGACGAAUACGCCAUCAUGCUACACUUGGAGACAAACCAUGCCGAGGGAGAAUCUCCCUUUGUCGUCGCUGAUAAGCCUGCAGAGGCCAAGGGCGGUCACAUUCCUGAAAAAGAAGAAGACCCUCAUUAUAUCGAAUGUCCGGCAAAAGACUGCGGGGAAGUCCUGCUCGCAGCCGACCUGGGCUAUCACCUAGAACUCCAUGCCGCAGAGCAAGGUGGCAGCGCUUCUUCCGAAACUGAGACUGGCAGUCCCAUCAUCACCCCUUCCGCUCCAUCUCCAUCCCCAAAAGUUCAGUCUCCGCCGGCAAGGAGGCCAACAACGUCGACACGCACUCCUCCCUCCCAUUCUUCAAGCUCUUCACCUAGACCUAGUACUACUUCUUCUUCUUCGAAAGCCCACCGCGGCGAGACUGAAGGUCACCGCCGUGGGGAGCGCAAGGACGACCAUCACAGCGACAGGAAUAGAGACAGUAACAAGAGCAAAUCGAUAUGGCGGGCCUUUUUCGGAAUUCAUCACCCCCGUCGCUCCUCUGAUGCGCCCUCGAUGUCUCCAAAGCCUCCAAAGAAGCGCCAUAAAGAGAAGGUAUCGGAACGACUGGCUGAACGAGCCUCGGAGGGAACUGCCAAAGUUAUGCGAGGAACCCGACUUGGUAAAGCGCAGCUCGGCAAGUACGCACACGAGGAGCAGAUGCCAGAUUGGCUUGUCAAGCACCUGGAGAAGGGACUUUAUGUGAAAGCUGAAGGCAUUAUUCCGGUCUUGGCACAGCUGUUCGAGCAAUGUUCUUCCACAAGACAUGCCUUUUUGUGUCACCCGAGCACAAAUCAUGUGUCGAAACUUAAGAGAGAAGGCGGUUUCUGUGGUUAUCGCAAUAUCCAAAUGUUGUCUUCGUACAUCAUCGGUACCAAAUACCCAGGCUACCAACAUUUCUGCGAGGGGAUCCCCACGAUCUUUAAUAUCCAAGAAAUGAUCGAAACUGCAUGGGACCACGGGAUCAACGCUCAAGGAAGGGUUGAAACAGGCGGCAUCCGCGGUACCAGAAAGUACAUUGGGACGCCUGAGGCGAUGGCCAUGUUCCGAUUGUUGCAAAUUCCUUUCGACGUCCAAGCCUUCAAAAACCCCGAGCCCGGCCACUCCGAAAAAGACCUACUAGACAUGGUCGAGCGGUACUUCCAAACGGGCAUCUCUGUCCCCGAAGAUACAGCUCUUACCACUCAGCAGAUUAAGAAGGUCUGGCAGACGGACCUACCGCCAAUAUACUUCCAGCACGCGGGCCACUCGAUGACGAUCAUCGGGCUGGAGUACGAUAAGUCGGAUGCGCGGAACCUGAUUGUUUUCGACCCCAUGUUUCACGAUGCGUCGAAUAUCACUAAACACGUCGGCCGGGAUGUGCAUGUCCACCAUCACCUACACCCCCUUGCGGCGAACAUGGCGCUUAAUCCUUACCGACGCGGGAGUAAGUAUCUGGGAAGGUUUAGGGAGUUUGAAGUCAUUAGGUUGAGGCCGCGUCCGGAGAUGAAUGCAUAGAACGCCAUGCACGGACAAGACGGCUUCAUAUGGACACAUAGGGACAUGUCGUACAUGGUGUGUUGCGAUCUUCAUUCAUAUCGCUAUCCAUCCUCAACUUCGAUAUAGCGAACUGCAAUUCUCUUGUUUUCUGGUACUGCAUUUCAAGCGGCGUUUUUUUUUUUCUUUUCUUUAUUUUUCUGUUCCUGUUUCCAGAUCGUUUUGGGUAUCAUGGCCUUGUGGCCACAGCUUUGUCUUUUCAUCACAACGGCGCUGCUCUUGUUUCGUCUUUCAGGAAUAUUGCUGUUUUAAUUUGUUCCUCACUUGAGAAAAAAUAUUCAAGCGGUCAUCUCCUUAGCAAACCACUCCUGCAACUUGGCCAGAGCCUUGGCGCGGUGGGAAAUCUUGUUCUUUUCCGCCUUAUCCAUCUCGGCAUAUCUACAGAGGUUGUAGUUUAAGUAUUACAUUAGUCAAAUAGCUUUCGAGUUGUGUGGAUGAACGAAGGUGGGAACAGUUUAUGACAUGGAAGGUGGAACUUACGUCUGGCCUUCAUACUCGAAGAUGGCGUCCCAGCCUGUGGGUUUGUCAAGUCAAUAAACAUGUUGCUUUCU